AUGGCCCCGGCGAGUUAUCCAGUCGUUGCGGAAUCAGAGCUGGAGACGACGCUCUUGGCUGUCAGUCUCUCCCCUGGGAACUGUCCGCUUACGUUUACUACCGGGUUAAUUACUGGAAUUAGUGUGGAGAAUUGGAUACUAGCUGCACACAAGUUCAGUUCAGUUCGUUUUGUUUUGUUUUUGUGUUUUACCUGUUUACAUGCUUCCAGUAUACUUAAUUGGAAUAGAGCUUUAUAUAUAUUUAUAUCAUGGAUUAUUGAUUUAUGGCUAAUCUUCUCUGUCACGUUUUUUUUUUCUCUUGAUUUAGGACCGAUACCUGAAGGUGCUGAUGCGGUUGUUCAGGUUGAGAAUACGGAACUUGUGAACGAUGCCUCAGAUGGGACUAAGCGGGUCAGAAUAUUGGCAACCACCAAAGGCAAUGAUAUACGCCCUGUGGGAGUUGAUAUUGAGAAAGGUGCAAUAGUGUUGACAUCUGGAGAAAGGAUUGGUGCUUCGGAAAUUGGCUUGCUUGCUACGGUUGGUGUGACAAUGGUUGAGGUUUAUCCUGCUCCAACCGUUGCUGUUCUUUCUACUGGAGAUGAGCUUGUAGAGCCAACUACCGGGCAUCUGAGUCGUGGUCAGAUUAGGGACUCUAAUCGUGCCAUGCUCCUGGCAGCUGCAGUACAGCUUCAGUGCAAAGUUCUGGACCUUGGUAUUGCUAAGGAUGACAAAGAAUGUCUAGAAAGGAUCUGGGAUAAAGCUUUUGCUUCUGGAAUUAAUAUUCUUAUAACUUCAGGAGGUGUUUCAAUGGGAGACAAAGAUUAUAUCAAGCCUUUGCUUGAAAAACGAGGAAAAGUACAUUUUGACAAGGUGUUUAUUAAACCAGGCAAGCCAUUUACAUUUGCAGAGAUUGACUUUCAAUCAUCAGAAAGUAAAAUUCUAGCUUUUGGGCUACCUGGAAAUCCUGUCAGUUCUGUAGUUUGCUUCCAUCUCUUUGUGGUCCCUGCAAUACGCCUCCUUGCAGGGUGGACAGAUCCUCAUCAUUUGAGGGUACAAGCUCGACUUCAACAGCCCAUAAAGACAGAUUCAUUUAGACCCGAGUAUCAUCGUGCUUCUGUUAUAUGGACUGACAAUGAUGGAACAGGCAAUCCAGGUUUUGUUGCUGUGAGCACUGGUCAUCAGGUAAGCAGUCGGCUAAUAAGUAUGAAGUCAGCUAAUGCUUUGUUGGAGUUUCCAGCAACAGGAAGAGUAGUUUCUGCAGGGACAGCUGUUUCAGCUAUCAUAAUUUCUGACCUAAGAAACAUGGCUUUUGAUGAGAAUCAUAUGUCAUCAGGUGCGGCAUUUGCUUUGCCAGGAAUUAAAUCACAAAAAGUAACUACUGAUUCUUCAGGGGAUGCUGAAGUCAGAGUGGCUAUUCUUACAGUUAGUGAUACAGUUGCUAUGGGGGGUGGCCCAGAUAGAAGGUAUUGAUAUUAUCUUUUAUAAGUGUAUGCAAAGAAAAAGACAUACAUAGAUC